AAGAAAAUGGCAGAAACAUCACCAGAGCAACCUACUGGACACCUUGUUGUCCACUCAGACACUCACAGUGACUCUGUCUUGGCCAGUUUUGAGGAUCAGAGGAAGAAGGGCUUUCUCUGUGACAUCACUUUAAUAGUGGAGAAUGUGCAUUUCCGAGCCCACAAAGCCUUACUUGCUGCUAGUAGCGAAUACUUCUCAAUGAUGUUUGCUGAAGAGGGGGAGGUCGGCCAGUCCAUUUAUAUGCUGGAAGGCAUGGUUGCUGAUACAUUUAGCAUCCUGCUGGAAUUCAUUUACACAGGUUAUCUCCAUGCCAGUGAGAGGACUACAGAACAAAUCCUGGCAACUGCACAGUUCUUAAAAGUCUAUGACCUGGUGAAGGCUUACACAGACUUUCAGAAUAACCACAACUCUCCCAAGCCGGCAACUCUGAAUCCUGCUGGUGCUCCAGUGGUGGUUAUUUCUAAUAAGAAAAAUGACCCUCCCAAGCGGAAACGGGGAAGACCAAGGAAAGUCAACAGUUUGCAGGAGGGGAAGUCAGAACUGGCUGCAGAGGAAGAAAUCCAACUAAGAGUGAACAAUUCCGUUCAAAAUAGACAAAAUUUUAUGGCUAAAGAAGGUGACAGUGGUGUGCUGAACCAGCAGGUUCCAGUGAAAGAAAUGGAAGCAUCUCAGCCUGUUUGUGUGUCGGGGGGAAUGGAAGAAAUGCCAGCUGAAAAAGAUGAGAACUGUGAUCCCAAGACCCAGGAUGGGCAGGACACCCAGAGUCGGUACAGCAAGAGGAAGAUUCGGAGAUCUGUCAAACUGAAAGAUUACAGACUCGUCGGGGAUGAAGAGGAUCAGGGUUCUGCCAAGAGGGUCUGUGGAAGGAGAAAACGCCCUGGCCCUGAGGCCCGCUGUAAAGACUGUGGCAAAGUCUUUAAGUACAAUCACUUUUUAGCAAUCCACCAGAGGAGCCACACUGGGGAGCGACCUUUCAAAUGUAACGAGUGUGGAAAAGGCUUUGCCCAGAAGCACUCCCUGCAGGUCCACACCAGGAUGCACACCGGCGAGCGGCCGUACACCUGCACCGUGUGCGGCAAGGCUCUGACCACCAAGCAUUCACUGCUGGAACACAUGAGCCUGCACUCAGGACAGAAGUCCUUUACCUGUGAUCAAUGUGGAAAGUACUUCAGCCAGAAAAGACAGCUAAAGAGUCAUUACCGAGUUCAUACAGGCCACUCAUUACCGGAAUGCAACCACUGCCAUCGCAAGUUCAUGGAUGUGUCUCAGCUAAAGAAACAUCUACGAACACACACAGGUGAAAAGCCAUUUACUUGUGAAAUCUGUGGCAAAUCUUUCACAGCAAAGAGCUCUCUCCAGACCCACAUCAGAAUCCAUCGAGGAGAGAAGCCAUACUCCUGUGGCAUAUGUGGCAAAUCCUUCUCUGACUCCAGUGCCAAGAGGAGACACUGCAUUCUGCACACGGGCAAAAAGCCUUUCUCCUGCCCAGAGUGUAAUUUACAGUUUGCCCGCUUAGACAACUUGAAGGCUCACUUGAAAAUCCAUAGCAAGGAGAAACAUGUGGCAGACACCAGCAGCAUAUCCAGCAAUAAUAAUAGUGAAGAGGUCAGGAAUAUUCUGCAGCUACAGCCGUAUCAGCUCUCAACCUCUGGAGAGCAGGAAAUUCAGCUUCUUGUAACCGAUUCUGUACAUAACCUCAAUUUCAUGCCUGGUCCGAGCCAGGGAAUCAGCAUUGUUGCUGCUGAGAGUUCCCAGAGCAUGAGCACAGAUCAGGCUGCUAAUCUCACCCUGCUCACACAGCAGCCAGAGCAACUGCAGAAUUUAAUUCUUUCGGCACAGCAGGCGCAAACGGAACACAUUCAGAGCCUCAAUAUGAUCGAAGGCCAGAUGGAGCCCUCGCAGACGGGGCCGGUGCAUGUAAUCACACUCUCCAAGGAAACCCUGGAACAUCUUCAUGCCCAUCAAGAGCAAACCGAGGAGCUCCAUCUAGCAGCAAGCACUUCAGAUCCAGCCCAGCACGUGCAGCUGACACAGGAGCCUAAUCCGCCCCCACCCACCCAUCAUGCACCCCAGCCCACGCCACUUAGCCAGGAGCACAGCUGA